AUGCAAUCAAGAGGUCUGUCAACACCUGGAAAAUAGAAAUAAGAGGUACUUUAAAUAGUAUUUGAUCUUGGAGAAAAGAAAAAAGUAUGUUAAUCUAUAUAGGAUUUAAGGAAACAUUGCAUGUAUAUGAUGAUUCUGAUAUAACUAUGAUUGCAAAAGAAUUUGUUAACAAACAUUAAUUAAGAGAAGAGGCGUCUAUUUUAAUUGAAUAAACUAUAAUCAGUAAUCUAUAAGAUAGUCAUUGUUCUAAAUAAAGCAUUUUCGAUCGAUUACAUAAUGAAGCUGCCGUUAAGACCCAAAAAAGAUAAUAAUAAUUUAUCACAAACAGUUUAUCUUAAACUUUCAGUCCUCAAAAAACAUUAGCAUAUAAUCCUGGAGAAUAGUUGUAUUUAAAAUCAAAGCAAAGUCGAGUCUUAGAACCUAAAUAAGAUAUUUUAUAUUCAUUCAAACCAUAUAUAAGUGAGAAAAGUUUGUCUUUAGCAAAAAGACCAAAUAUGUCUACUUAAGAUUAUUUGAUUAUGCAAGGCAAGCAAAUGGCAUAAAGAAAAGAAUAAUUAAGAAGCAGUAGAAUGGCUGAAUAGAAUUAAUAAUGCUCAUUUUAACCUACUAUCAAUCCUAUGUAAAAUUAGUUUAAAAAUUUUGAUUAGAAGCCAAAAGAUUACUCAAGAAAAAGAAAGAAAUUAUUCAAGUGCUUAAAAAACUCAUAUACAUGAUAGAUUAUAUUAAUAAGGUUUAAAUUCGAUAAAGAAAAAGAAAGAAGCUAGCCAAAUGAUUAAUUAAUCUUAUAUGAUGUCUCCUUUAAAACGAAAACCUUCAGAUAUACCAUUUCUAGAAAGAAUGCAAAUAUCAAUAUAGAAAAGAUAAAGAAAAUUAGAAGAAACUGUAAUGACUGAAGAACCUACACAUGAUAUAACAACUGGUUAAAAAUUAUAUCGUCCAAUUAUAGGAAGACCACCUAACAAUGAUGUAAUCAUUAUUUAAACAAUUUAUUAUAGAGAAAUAACUCUAAUCUUCCAAUUGGAGAUUAUCUAUUUCAAAUGAGAACUGUGUAAGAAGAUCAUCAUAAUUAUUUAAUUGAAUAAUAAAAAUAAUCUCUUAUUAAUUCUUUGGCAAAAUCUUCAGAAAAAUCAAACUAGAUUUAUGAGGAUAAAAAAAGAAAGGUUCUUGAAGAAAUAUUCACUUUACUUGAUUCAGAUGGAGAUGGAUAAAUUUCGGCAUCCUCUAUAGAAAUAUCUGGUAUUUAAUCAGAAAUAUUAUAAAUAUUGGCACCCCUUUUAUGUGAAAUGGAAUCAAUCUAAGCACAUUUAGAUUUAGAAUCAUUUAUUGAAGCAGCUAAUAGAUUAAUAUAAUCUUUAAAUGUAUCAGAUAAAAAUAAAUUAAUAAAUGGAUUAAGACAAAAAAAAAUACUAGAUCUCGAAUAAUGUACUUUUUAAGUAAAAGAUUUUAUUAAAAAUAGCCUACAUUAUGUAAUCAUUCUAUGAAAAUAGUUAAAUCCUGUCCAAAAUAACAAUAGAAUGUAAUUAUUCUUAUUUUAUUUAAGAAACUUGAGUUAGUGAAAUAAGAGUAGGAGUAAAAAGUUAUGUAAGAAUGUACAUUUAAGCCUCAAUUAUAUAAUCCACUAAAAAUUUAUGAUUUUAUACUUAACCCAUGA